GCGCCUCCCGCACGUGGAGGCCGUGAUUGUCCCGGAGCGGUAUCCCUCCGCGCCCCCGCCUCUGUCCCCCCGCCCUGCCGGGACCCUCCAUGUCGGCGCCGCGGAAGGAUCGCACGCACGCGCGCGCGCGCGCACGUUCCGCCGCGGCCGCGGAGAACCGAGGUUGCCGCGGUGAGGAGCCGCCGCCGGCACCACUGCAACGUCGAGCUGCUGUUUGUCAGCCCCGCGGCGGCGGGCGGCGGGCGGCCAGACCGGGAGCGUUCCGCGGCUCGUGUUGCCGCCGUGCCCACGUCCUCCCUCCACAGCUCCCGGGGAGGGGGGCGGUCGGUGCCUGCGCAGAGCCGCCUCCUCCCGCCUCCGCCCCGCCUCCCCCCGCGCCGCCGCCGCCCGCCGCCGCCGCGCCUGCUGCUCCUCGCCGUCCCCGCUGCAGUGCGAAGGGCUCGAAGAUGGCCGGGUGGCAGAGCUACGUGGAUAACCUGAUGUGCGAUGGCUGCUGCCAGGAGGCCGCCAUUGUCGGCUACUGCGACGCCAAAUACGUCUGGGCAGCCACGGCCGGGGGCGUCUUCCAGAGCAUUACGCCAAUAGAAAUAGAUAUGAUUGUAGGAAAAGACCGGGAAGGUUUCUUUACCAACGGUUUGACUCUUGGCGCAAAGAAGUGCUCAGUGAUCAGAGAUAGUUUAUACGUUGAUGGUGACUGCACAAUGGACAUCCGGACAAAGAGUCAAGGUGGAGAGCCAACAUACAACGUUGCUGUUGGCAGAGCUGGUAGAGCAUUGGUUAUAGUCAUGGGAAAGGAAGGUGUCCACGGAGGCACACUUAACAAGAAAGCAUAUGAACUGGCUUUAUACCUGAGAAGGUCUGAUGUGUAAGCAGCCUCUCCCCAUCUACCUAGCAACUGUCUUCAUCACCACCCCAAUUAUGAUCACAAUGCUAUCAGACUAUAUAGGUGGUAGCUAAUUUUUCUUUACAUAUUUUUUAAUGUCAUUAUUCCUGUUUGCCCAAUGGAUCAUUUGUAUGUUAACCACUGUAUGUAACCAACCCUUAUCUGGCAACAUAAUUGCAGCACAAUAAUGAUUUGCAUGAUACCUUGAAAUUGGGGGGAGGGGGCAUGCCAAGUUGGGCAUCACUUUGUCUUAGCAAUUAAUGGGAUAUUGAUUACUAAAAUAAGUUAAUAUUAAGCAAGGUGCCAGUUGUACAAUCUCUAAUUUGAUCAAUGUCUUUUCAGCACUUUGAGCAUUUUAGUCUUCCUUAUGUAGCGCAUGGUUGGGAGGAAAAAGUGCAUGCAUCUUUCCUUCACUCCUCCCUUUUUCCCCACCCCCUCCCCUUGCACAUAAGGUAUUUGGUUUGCUUUCAUCUUUUAUGCGGGUCCUGGUUUACUUAACCAAUUAAUAUCUCUUUUGUUGAUGAGCUAUUGAGAGCUGCAGUAGUUUGCUUUUAGUAUUGUUGUUGCACUUGUGUGUAGACAAACCUUUUUUCAUAGUGUCCACAGGACACAUGAAGAGUGCAACUGCAAAACAAGAGCAAAAAGCACUUCCUCCCAUGACCUGACAGUGAUCAUACCGAUUGAAUCCCCAGGGACAUUCAUUCCAUCAUGGUAAUAGCUCACAUUUUUGUUCUUGUCUCUUUCUUUGCACACCAGCUCUACUUUUUAGUAAAAUUGUAAAAGGCUGCCAUUAUGGACAUUAGGUAUCCCAACAUAACCAUCUGGAGUGUGUCUGGUUUGUUCUUCAUAGGACCAAUUUUUAUUUGCAGCUUGAGUUUUUAUAUGAAGUUGCAUUAUUGUGGACUUGGCUGUCUUGUGAUGAAUUUUUUUCAUAUGUAUUCUGUGCCAUACUAUUGUUAAAAAUGAACUGUUGCUAUUGUGAGAUGGAUUUUAACUGACCUAUUAAGGGUUUCUUUCGAAUGGCACUACUUUAGGGACAUUCUAGUAUUUGCUUCUAUUGUUUGGGCCUGUGGAUAAUGUACAGAUUUAAAAACAAAUCUUGUUGCUGAUUUGUCCAUUUCUUUCCCUGCACUUUGUUACAUCUGGGAUACAGUCUAACUCAUCUGAUUUAAUAUGCAUUUAAAAAAAUGCCAUAACUAUUAAACACCUUGUUUACAGACAGAUGAAAUAAAUUUAUUCCAACCAAA